CUUGGUGGAAACAAGCCAUCACUUCUUCAAGCCCUCAACAUGUUCUAGUCCCAUGAUCAGCGCGUUGUCUCUUAGCCCCGGGAGCAAACGUUAACUCCUCCAGUGAUAACAAAUAAACCAAAAAUUGUGUGACAAUUAUUAUCUGUGACAAGAUGCAUAUAUCCAGGACAUUAAUCUGGAUCCUGUGUUGUGUAUGUCCUUCGGUAUUGGCUACCAAAAGCGUGAAUGUUCUCGCGACUUCCGGUCUCAAGAGUCUCGAAGAUGAGGAGAUCCUGCGGGUCCUCACGCAUAACAAGUCGGACGUGUCGGAGAAUUUUACGUUUGUCGAUCUUGUUGAGAAUUUAAAAAAUCAGAGUGCAACGGCCAAUGAUUUUAUCUGGAGUCAUGAGAGCUUGAGUAGCAGAGAUAAGACAAAUUUUUACUACGACAAGUAUAAACAUCAAGUUGACAGUGAAAUUGAGCAAUUAUUUGCUAUUGCUCCGGUGUUUGAUCCGGCUGCUGGUACUGUCAGUUCGGAGUGCAGGAGGCAGUCCCAGAUAUAUCAUCGAGAACUCAGGAGAAUGAGCCUCUGGGCAUUGCAGAUGUUCGAUGCAACCGCUAAAAUACCCUCCGGCCUCCUCAGCGGCAACAUUAAUCAGCUCGGCGAUUUCGACGAAUGUCUGGGCAUCCAAGGUACCGGGGGUAUCCGUGGUCAGUACUGUUUAGCAUAUCUCCAGCUCGAAGUAGAUCAUAAUCGAGGCGAUCUCAAGGAGAUCCACCGGCUCGUGUAUUCCCACUAUGCCUUCAGGAGUAAUCUAUCUGACCCGGGCCACCGUGUGCCAAGAUUCAGCACGGUCCAGUGGGCAAUCUGUGCUCCAUCGUCAUGUACCUCUCAGGAUGUUGAAACAUCAUUGAGAGCCACAAUCUCAAAGUACACAAGUCACACUGGAAUCAACGUCACGGUCAAAGUGGAUCGGGAAAUGUGUCAAGUUCAAAGAAUCGAACCGCUUCCUACGGAAACUAUAAUCGUUGGAAUUUUCUUCAUCAGUGUCAUUGGAUUGUCGGUGGUGGCUGCUCUAUGCGAUCAUCUGCGAGCUGAUGUCAGCGAAAUUGUUCUUGCCUUCUCCUUGAAGAGGAAUCUACGCAAACUCUUGUCCAUGAAACGUGGGGACGAUGACAUUGCUACUUUGCAUGGUAUCCGGGCGAUUAAUGCUCUUAUGCUCAUUGUUGCGCAUAAGAGCAUGGCGUUGUUCUUCAAUCCUUAUGUCAAUAGGACUGGAAUGACGGAGUACCUGGGCCGUCCUUGGACCGUCAUAGGACGGGCUGCGAGCCUCUACACGGAUCCCUUCAUUAUGCUUUCUGGCCUUUUGACAACCUAUUCAUUCGUGGGAAGACUUAGAAAGUCUGGGGAAAUCCAUGUGAGGAAGGAAUACUUAUCGAGAUUAUUCAGAUUGGUCCCUACUCUGGGUGCUCUCAUUCUAUUCUGCAUGUUUAUCAUGCCAUUCAUUGGGUCUGGACCGCAGUGGAAUCUUGUGGUAACGCAUCAUGCAGACAUUUGCAGAAAAACUUGGUGGAGAAAUUUUCUUUUCAUCCACAAUUACUUUGGGUUCGAAAAUAUGUGUCUCACUCACACCCAUCACAUUGGCAUCGACACUCAGCUGUUCGCCCUCUCUCCAAUAAUGAUUCUAGCUCUCUACAAAUAUCCAAAAAUGGGUGCUUUAAUUCUGAUCUCAACAGCCGUCUUCUCCACCGGUCUUCGAUACUACGUUACGUAUUUCAAACGACUGAAUAAUUACGUGUUCUUCGGUACCUCAAUCCGGCAAUUAUUCGACACAGCCAAUUUGUCGUACAUUCUACCAACUCACAGAUUAACAGUGUACAUAAUAGGUAUUUUUGUUGGAUACUUCUUGAGAAUAUGCCCCAAGGGAUACAAACUCAACAAGUCAGUGAUUCAACUUGGCUGGGCCUUGACGACACUGAUGGCACUUGGAGCUUUCUUUGGGCCCGCUGGAAUGGGCUCCAUCAAUUAUGUUUAUAAUCCCACUCAUGCAGCUCUGUACAAUGCUUUUGCACCCAUUGGAUGGUGUGCCCUGUUUGCCUGGAUUGCCUUUCUCUCGCACACCGGAAAUACACGCGGAUGGUUCAGCGGGCUCUUCGCAUGGAGAGGCUUCCUAAUCUGUACACGCUUGAGCUACGCCAUUUAUCUCACGCAGUUUCCCGUCUUCUUUUUCAAUGUUGGAAAGACGAGAAGUGCCGAGCACUACGAGUUCUUCAGAAUGCUGUUCAAUUUUCACGAGCUAGGGUGGAUAAUCCUGACGUCAGUGAUCCUCACUCUCCUGUUCGAUUCGCCCUUCCAAAACAUCAAGACUUACCUCCUGAGGAAGCCAUCGACGCAUUCAAAAUCGUUGAAAGCUGAAUAAGCCAAAUCUCCGAGUGAAAAUGGUCAAUUGUGACUACUGUAUUAUAGUCUGAUUAUGCUUUUAAAUAUUUAGAGGCGUAAGUCCCUCUGCCUUGCCCGUAUUGUGCCACUUUUACGAUUCUGUAUUUAUAUAAGUCGUGUGCACAGAGAAGAACAACGUUUUUUAGAACGUCUUUACUUAUACAAAUAAAUUCGGAACUAAAUAUUUCUUCAAAAUCAAAAUAUAUAACUGGUACUCGUCCUAAAGACGAGGACAACUCCGUGACAACCAAGGGGUUUCUCAAACCAAAUAGAAUUGAAUUAAUUAAUUUCAUAGUUGUUUAGUUUCAAUUCAAAAAUAUUUUAAUGCAAAAAAUACUUGAACUGACUUGAGAAUUCGGUGGCUCUAAAAAAAUUUGUGUGUUCUUCGUGCAAUCUAUGAAAAAUUUCUGGAACUUUCCAAGUUCAACCUUUCAGAGCGACUCUUUCCUAUUGUAAAUAAUUUGUAAUGUGCACAGUGAUUAACUAGAUAUAAUUUUUUAUGUUAUUUCCACUUUUAUACCAACUAAUUAAGAGUGACGUUUCAUGACAAACAUCUGGGAUAUAAUAAAUAAAAAUAUUUG